UGUUGGCACUCCAUGCACUUAAGAACUCACAUGAACUGAGCAAAUGAGAUGGAAACAUGGCAUUAUUAAUUAUACUAAUUACCUGCUUUAUGAUUAUUCUUGCUACUUCACAGCCUUGCCAGACCCCUGAUGACUUUGUGGCUGCCACUUCUCCGGGACAUAUCAUAAUUGGAGGUUUGUUUGCUAUUCAUGAAAAAAUGUUGUCCUCAGAAGACUAUCCCAGACGACCACAAAUCCAGAAGUGUGUUGGCUUUGAAAUAUCAGUCUUUCUUCAAACUCUUGCCAUGAUACACAGCAUUGAGAUGAUCAACAAUUCAACACUAUUAUCUGGAGUCAAACUGGGGUAUGAAAUCUAUGACACUUGUACAGAAGUCACAGUGGCAAUGGCAGCCACUCUGAGGUUUCUUUCUAAAUUCAACUGCUCCAAAGAAACUGUGGAGUUUAACUGUGACUAUUCCAGCUACAUGCCAAGAGUUAAGGCUGUCAUAGGUUCUGGGUAUUCAGAAAUAACAAUGGCUGUCUCCAGGAUGUUGAAUUUACAGCUCAUGCCACAGGUGGGUUAUGAAUCAACUGCAGAAAUCCUGAGUGACAAAAUUCGCUUUCCUUCAUUUUUACGGACUGUGCCCAGUGACUUCCAUCAAAUUAAAGCAAUGGCUCACCUGAUUCAGAAAUCUGGUUGGAACUGGAUUGGCAUCAUAACCACAGAUGAUGACUAUGGACGAUUGGCUCUUAACACUUUUAUAAUUCAGGCUGAAGCAAAUAACGUGUGCAUAGCCUUCAAAGAGGUUCUUCCAGCCUUUCUUUCAGAUAAUACCAUUGAAGUCAGAAUCAAUCAGACACUGAAGAAAAUCAUUUUAGAAGCCCAGGUUAAUGUCAUUGUGGUAUUUCUGAGGCAAUUCCAUGUUUUCGAUCUCUUCAAUAAAGCCAUUGAAAUGAAUAUAAAUAAGAUGUGGAUUGCUAGUGAUAAUUGGUCAACUGCCACCAAGAUUACCACCAUUCCUAAUGUUAAAAAGAUUGGCAAAGUUGUGGGGUUUACCUUUAGAAGAGGGAAUAUAUCCGCUUUCCAUUCCUUUCUUCAAAAUCUGCACUUGCUUCCCAGUGACAGUAACAAACUCUUAUAUGAAUAUGCCAUGCAUUUAUCUGCCUGCACAUAUGUCAAGGACACUGAUUUGAGUCAAUGCAUUUUCAAUCAUUCUCAAAGGACUUUGGCCUACAAGGCUAACAAGGCUAUAGAAAGGAACUUCUUCAUGAGAAAUGACUUCCUCCGGGACUAUGCUGAGCCAGGACUCAUUCAUAGUAUUCAACUUGCAGUGUUUGCCCUUGGUUAUGCCAUUCGGGAUCUGUGUCAAACUCGUGACUGUCAGAACCCCAACGCUUUUCAACCAUGGGAGUUACUUGGUGUGCUAAAAAAUGUGACAUUCACUGAUGGAGGGAAUUCAUUUCAUUUUGAUGCUCAUGGGGAUUUAAAUACUGGAUAUGAUGUUGUGCUCUGGAAGGAGAUCAAUGGACACAUGACUGUCACCAAGAUGGCAGAAUAUGACCUACAGAAUGAUGUCUUCAUCAUCCCAGAUCAGGAAACAAAAAAUGAGUUCAGGAAUCUUAAGCAAAUUCAAUCUAAAUGCUCCAAGGAAUGCAGUCCUGGGCAAAUGAAGAAAACUACAAGAAGUCAACACAUCUGUUGCUAUGAAUGUGAGAACUGUCCUGAAAAUCACUACAGUAAUCAGACAGAUAUGCCUCACUGCCUUUUAUGCAACAAUGAAACUCACUGGGCCCCUGUUAGGAGCACUGUGUGCUUUGAAAAGGAAGUGGAAUAUCUCAGCUGGAAUGACUCCUUGGCCAUCCUGCUCUUGAUCCUCUCCCUACUGGGAAUCAUAUUUGUUCUGGUUGUUGGCAUAAUAUUUACAAGAAACCUGAACACACCGGUUGUGAAAUCAGCCGGGGGAUUAAGAAUUUGCUAUGUGAUCCUUCUCUGUCAUUUCCUCAAUUUUGCCAGCACGAGCUUUUUCAUUGGAGAACCACAAGACUUCACAUGUAAAACCAGGCAGACACUGUUUGGAGUGAGCUUUACUCUCUGCAUCUCCUGCAUUUUGACGAAGUCCCUGAAAAUUUUGCUAGCCUUCAGCUUUGAUCCCAAAUUACAGAAAUUUCUGAAGUGCCUGUAUAAACCAAUCCUUAUUAUCUUCACUUGCACGAGUAUCCAGGUUGUCAUUUGCACACUCUGGCUAAUCUUUGCAGCACCUACUGUAGAGGUGAAUGUCUCCUUGCCCAGAGUCAUCAUACUGGAGUGUGAGGAGGGAUCCAUACUUGCAUUUGGCACCAUGCUGGGCUACAUUGCCAUCCUGGCCUUCAUUUGCUUCAUAUUUGCUUUCAAAGGCAGGAAAUUACCUGAGAAUUACAAUGAAGCCAAAUUCAUAACAUUUGGCAUGCUCAUUUACUUCAUAGCUUGGAUCACAUUCAUCCCUAUCUAUGCUACCACAUUUGGCAAAUAUGUACCAGCUGUGGAGAUUAUUGUCAUACUAAUAUCUAACUAUGGAAUCCUGUGUUGCACGUUCUUCCCCAAAUGCUAUGUUAUUAUUUGUAAGCAAGAUAUUAACACCAAGUCUGCCUUUCUCAAGAUGAUCUACAGUUAUUCUUCCCAUAGCGUGAGCAGCAUUGCCAUGAGUCAUGCUUCACUGGACUCCAUGAACAGCAAUGUCACAAUGACCAAUCUCAGCUCUAGUGGCAAGUCUGCAACCUGGCAGAAAAGCAAAGAUCUUCAGGCACAAGCAUUUGCACACACAUGCAGAGAAAAUGCCACAAGUGUAUCUAAAACUUUGCCUCGAAAAAGAAUUUCAAGUAUAUGAAUAAGCCUUAGGAGAUGCCACAUUCCAGAAUAAAAUGUUUCCAGGGUCUUUGCAUCUAAGAUAUGCAUUUACUUUCCCAGCAAAUAUGUCAUAUAUAUUUCCUUGCCACCAUCUUUACCAAGUUUUAGUUGAACAGUCACUCUGUUCAAUCGCCUAUUGAAUUGAGCCUUCAACCUGAAACUCCCUUCAUUUCCUACCUCUUUCAUUGGUCUCCAUCUUUACCUGCUUCCUCUUAGGCACAUCGUUAAAGACUUCUCUUCUAUUCAAAGUUGUCCCAUAAUGUGUCAUCCUUACUCCAUUCCCAACCACUUCUUUUCAAAUCUCUUUGGAUUCUCCUCUGUUGAACAUUUUUACUUUUCUUCCACUGUUCAGUGUAGUUGAACAAGAUUUGAGCAAUUACUAUGAACCAGGUGAUAUGCUAAAUAACAAGGUACAAAAGCAGCAAGGUGUCAUUGCUGAUCUCAAGGAGCUCAAAAUCCAAGGUGAAUCAGGCACAUGUCAACAUCUUCAAUCAGUGUGAGGAAGUCUAUGAUUAUAAUGUAUAUAGAGUGUUACAGCGGUAUAGAGAAAUGGCACUCAACCACACUGGGAGAGGAUGGGAGGGCUUAAAAGAAGACUUUAAAUAAACAGUAUGAUGGUUAGGUGAAACCCUGAAAGAUGAGUAGGAGUUAGCUAAUUAGAGAAAGCACAGAAAGGUAUUCUAGAAAAAGAAGGAAAAUGGGAGCAACAACAGAAAGUGUGACAAGAAGGUGCAUUCAGGGAACUACCAUCGUUUGGGUAUUACUGGAGAGGAGCACUCUUUGGUAUGUAGAGGUUAGGUCAUGAGAGAAUUCCACCCAUUGGAGUUUCUUGCUAAGGAGCAUGAGUCUUCGUCCUGUGGGCAGUGGGUAGCCAUUAAAGUGUCUGGCACAUAAGGGACAAGUAGCUCAAACUCCCCAGAAUGAUCACUCUGAUACAAGGUGGAGGAUGGAGUCUAGUUAAGAGAGGAUUAGGAUCUGUACCAGGGAAUAGAAAGGGGGAUAUGUAUGUGAAUUCAAGCUAUAUUAUAGAAGGUGGUAAUUUAUUUGAAGUGGUUGGUGAAGAAUGAGUUAUAGGCUUCUAGUCUGGUUAAUUGAAAGGUGGUAUGUAAUAUAGGAAGAAGAAGUAACUUAGAGUAGAAGAUGGAAUGUUGAAUUUGAGAUGCCUGGAAGAAUUUUUAGAUGUAUCAAAUAUUCACAUAAACAAAAGACCAUGAGCUCAGGGGAUGGUGGUCAGGGCUGGUGAUAAGGAUUUGGAUGCCAUGUUCACAUUGCUCCCAUCUGUAUAAACCACAAAUAUACAAAAUAACACUGUGCCCAAUCUUUACUUUUUCUUUAGCUGUCACCCUCUUUCUUCCUCCAUCUCACAAUAGACUGUUAAGAGGAAGAUUGUCAUUAUUGACUUGUGACCUAUUAGUUCUCAGUUCAUUUAAAAUCUGGCUUCUAGUUCACCUCUGAUGAAAUAGUUCAUGGAAAGUUUACCUGUUACUCUUUAUCUCUCAAACUUGAUGAUUAUUUUUAAGUGUUUAUCUCCCUUGAAUCUUAAUUAUAUUUCUGAUCUAACUCUUCCUCAUUGAAAUUCCCCUUCUUGGUUCCCUCUGUAAUUUAUAAAGGCUUCUAUGAGUCAAACUCUUAAGUCUGAUGCAAAGGCUCUUCUGGUUCUACUCUGAUACCCGGGCCAUUGCAUUUUAGUCUCCUUGGCAGAUUUGUCUUCCUCCACUUGACUAUUAAAUGUAUUUCCCAGAGUUUCAUCCUCAACCUACAUCUGUUUUCCUAUAACACACUCUCUUGCUACAAAAUUACCCAGCUCUCUGUCUUAACUUUGACCCAAAUGACUCCCCAAACCAUAUCUCUGGCCCAGGUCACUCUCCAACCAACCUGGUUGCUUGUCCCCCCUCAUACUUCAAAGUCAAUAUUCAUAAAAUUGAACUCAUAUUUUCCUUCUCCUUACUCCUCCUCCUCCUGUUUUUCAUUUCUCAGUAUGUAAUAGUACCACCUUUGGGUUAGUGGGCCCCUGGGAUGCAUCCUUGACUCUACUGCCUGCUUCACAGUCCUAUACCUUUAAUUCAUCACCUGUAUUUAUUUUCUAACACCUACGUUUUUCAAAACCUUACCAUAAUCUGUAUCCCUGUCAUCACUUCCUUAAUCCAGGUCUUCAUCACCUCUUUUAUAGAUUGUUGCAAUAGCCUUCUCAUUUGACUCUGACCUCAAAUGUUUUACUCUAAAUAUAGAGGAGGUAUUGCUAAACCUUCUAUUCACUUCCACUAGAUCUCUUCUAUAGUAAAAGCCUCUUCAUGUUACUAAAUUAUUUAAAAAUCUAUAAUAAGUCAAAAGUCCUUAUCUUGAUACCGAGGCUCUUCAAGUCCAGCACCAACUUCUACUCCUUCCUGCUUAGUGAAGCAUGCUUCAGAAUUGGCAAACUGCUGGUGAUUGUUGGUGAUUGUUCAUCCUCAUACCAUGCUGUUUCAGGUCUUGGAGCCUGGGCCCUUCCCUCUGCCUUGAUAUCCUCUCCACUUCUUGUCUUUCUGAAACACUCUAGCUAAAUCCACUAGACACAAUUCAAGUAUCUCCUCUUCUAUGAAGCCUUUUUUUCUGCUCCUGUUAUAGCACAUAUUACAUUUUAUUGCAUUUACUUGCUUUUAUCUUAAUUUAACACUUACUGAGUUCCAAUGCAUACCAGACAUAAUUCUAUGCACAGGGAUUAUUAAAAAGUUAAAAAAAGAAAAAAAGGCAAAGUCUCUGCUCUCAAAGAGUUUACAUUCCAGUGUUUUCACCAUUUUGCAGUGAAGAGUCAAUUCUUUAGUAAUAAUUCUCUCAACUGCCCUUUCCUCUCUAGGACUACUACUGUCACCACAACUAAUAUCACCCCAAUUCAGGCUCUUACAACUUCACAUUUUUGCUGUUGAAAUAUCCCAAACUAGUUACCUACCUUAGGAUUUGCAGUCUGAUACGUAGAAUACAUCAUUACAGAAUCAAUCUUUCUCAAAUUCAUUCCAAUACUAUCAAGCUCCUCUUCAGAAAAAUUUAAUAACUUCCCAUUGUCCUUAGAAUUAAGUUGAAUUUUCCUGCCUUGCUAAGCAAGACUUUCUGCAGCCUUGCUUCAACACAAAUUGAAUGUUUUUUUUAAAAAAAGAUACUAAUUUUAG